AUGGCCGAUCCCGCCAUGGUCACGCCCGACAUGGACGAUCCAGUUACCCCCUCGGUUGCCGACGAGAUGUGGUUCCCAAAAUACCUGCCGUCGGCAAUCGCGUUUGUGGCGGUCGGUCACGUCGGUGGCUGCUACAAGCAGCUCGCGGUCGUGCGGGACACGGCCAAGAGAAAUGUGCCCGGCUUGGCGAGGAAACAGAUCACGGGGUGUCGUGCCCUAAAGGCGGUGGCUCUUGCCAUCGAUACGCUGAGUGAUCCAGAGCACGCUGAGAUCAUCCGCACCGAGCUUUGCCUCGCCUCCCAAGCUUACCAAGGCGCUGCCGCAGGCGCGUCCUCAGCCUCGUCCGCCGCCUGCCGCGACUACCCGUCGCGGCUGCGUGUCCUGGGCACCACCAACGAGCCCGUCUGGAACGGUGAAGGCGUCAACGAAGUGGCGCGCGCCACGGUCACGAGGCGCAAGCGGCCACUGUAUCCGUUCCUGGCCCACGCCCUGCACAAGGCGGUGGCGGUCGACCACGACGGCGGCGAAGAUCCGUUCCUUGUCAGCGAGAACCCCGGGUUGAUUGUCCGCGUCGACGACCACAACUACACCACCGUCUUUCUGGACGUGACAGACCCCUCGCACAUUCGCUAUGGCUUCUUGGCGUGGCCGCCCCGCCUCGUCUGGAGCGACGCGCGUCAGACGUUCGUUGUGCCCCCGAGGAAGCACGAACCGUUUUCGGCGCAAGGCUACGCGAAGGCGCUGCGCAUUGCGAUUCCGCCGUGGGAUACCGAAAUGCGUAUUGUGCUGAAACGUCUCGCAAAAACACCCGUCAUCGAUCCGGACCAUAUGCCUCUGGUUCAAUGGAAGCCUACCAACAGGAUGGCCGUCGUCGGCGACGCCCUUCACCUAGGCCAGAUUUAUGUCCAGGGCAGGUAUCUCGACACAGACAACCAAGGGGAGCGGCGUCUGAUGCCUCCACUGCCUGUGUCCGCAACAGCGGCCGGCCCUCACGCGCCGGGCAAAGCCAAGUCGCUGCUCGAUUUGACCUUCCGCCGCAUGCUCGACGGCCAAGCCACCGCGACAACGCCGACGCUGAGGAUGGAGAUGAAAAAGAUUGCGUCUAUUGCUCGCUCGCCCGUCAACGCAACAACAAAGGCCCGUCUGCGCGAGCUUAUUCUGCGUUGGGGUGCUGAUGUGGCGGCGUCGUCGCGGUGCGCCGAGAUCGUGGCCCUGGCAUUUGCAGAGCAGACCACGCUGCCUUGGGCGGUCCUCAAGGGCUUGCACAUCGUGACGCUCCAGGCGCUCUUGGCGAGCCCGGUGUUUGCGAAUGUCGAGUCCAUCAGCCUGUGCCCCGGCCACAUUCUUGGUCUGACCUCGCCACAGCAGCUGGCUUCGGCUCUUGCAGGCGCCGCGUCGCCGUACUUGGUCGACUUCGUCUUGUACCAGAAACCGCAGCUGGACUGGGACGACCACUGCGUGCAACAGGACGAUACCGCCUCUGUGGCUGCCGGCCAGGAGGAGGACGCCUUGUUGGCCAGUGCCACCAUUUCUAGCCUGAUGGCGUCGCCCAGCAUGGCGGCGCGCGAGGGGCUGCGCUUCUUCUUCACCGGUGCCUUUGCAGCAGCGGCCACCAAGCGGCGCUGGUUCACGCCGCCAACCUCGAUCUGCACCAGCCCAGCCUACUAUGAACGCUUCCCAGUCAGCAACGUUUUUGUACGCAUGGCAGCUGCACCCCCCACCCAAGAAGAGGCAACCGACGCCCUCAACCGUCCCUGGGCGCACAUUGUCCACCCCGUCAUCACAUGGCCGUCGAGACCAUCCUCGGAGUCGACGAGUGGGGCGUUCUACCGCCCCGUUUACAUCCACACGGGAGACAUGCUGCAGCAAGCGUCCGCCUUUGCUGCUGGGUGGGUGCGCAUGAUCGGCGCCCUCCUCGUCCCGAGGUGGUCUGGCUCCGCACCCCACGUCACCGAAGAGAAACUGCGUGCACUGCCCAAGCUGUUGUCGAGCCCGGUUGUGCAGGAGCACGAAGGCGAAGCGUGUCGACUCCGCCUGGACGAGAGCCUGCCUGCGGUGGAGAACGAGGCGGUCCGAAUGCGUUCGCGUGACGCGGACCCUGAGACCGGGACCGAUCCUGAGCCUGAGCCGGCACUUACGUCUGUCCCCGACGAGUACAAUCGCGUCGACUUUCGGAAAGCCACCGGCCUCCAGAUUGAGCGCGGCUUUGACGCCGCGCGCAGCAAGGCCUGGCCGCAUGUGCGCGAUCUGGCGCCGGGCAGUUGGCACGCCGUUGUCUCCGUCGACCACGACCACGACGCCCACUGGUCGGCGGUGCCCAUUGUCCACUACGCCUUUCUGCGCGUCAACCCCAAGCGGCGCGCGCCGCUCGUGACAGACACGCCGCGGGCGCAGCUAGUGGCCAACCACGUCCCGGCGGACGACGAGGACAUGCCCCUCUUUGACAUCGUCGGCGACCUGGCGCUGUUCCUGCGCACAACCAACGCCAACAUCAACACCGCGGACGGCAGCGACGUGGCGCGAGCGACCAUCGACGCCCUCGACGAGCUCGCUCGCCGGCAACAGCAGGCAAUGCUGCUCGCCAACAACUUCGGGGGGUCGCUGCCGGCCGAAAAUGCAAGCCAUCUCCGCUGCCUCGCCCCGUCGGCGGCUCUGCACGCUAUGGCCGACUUCUUGCGCGAGGCCGCGGUCGGCGGCGAUUACGCGCUGGACACCAUCGGCACCAGGCAACCCAACCUGUGUCUCUACCCAGAGGUGUUUCGGCAGAUCGCCGACGAAGACUGGCUUCCGACGAAAGAAAAGGCCAAGCCGACGGCGUCGCUGCCACGGAAUUUCAGGGUGUCGCAGAACGCCGACAAAAAGGCAAAACGGGCGGCAAAACGGGCCAAGCAGAGUCAGGCGGCGAAUGAAGGGACAUACCAGGGGCCGGCCGACGACAAGAACCAACGUAGACGAUGGGUGGUUUUUUGA